AUGCAAUCCCUCUUACUUUGUGCUGCUCUUCUCCUAGCUGGAAGUCUUGCUCUUCCUGUACGACUUAAACGAGAAGCACGGAGUACCAUGGACAUGAAGGAUGUGCAGGCAUAUCUUGAUGCAUUCUUUCCAUCUUUUACAAAAACAAAAAGCCUGAGUUUAGAAGAGAAGAUUGAAGAAAUGCAGAGGUUUUUCCAUCUGACCAUAACUGGAAAAUUAGAUGAAGAAACAGUAGCAAUACUGAGACAGCCCAGAUGUGGGAUUCCUGAUACAGGAGACAACAGAUUAUUUUCUAGAAACCCAUGGGGAAAGACACAUUUGACUUACAAGAUUGCCAGUUAUACAACUGAUCUACCCAAACAGAAAGUGGAUGAUGCAAUUAGAAGGGCUUUAAUGGUAUGGAGUGAUGUGACUCCUCUGAGGUUCCGAAGAGUGUACAAUGGACAUGCAGACAUUGUGAUUGAAUUUGCACGCCGUGAGCAUGGUGAUAAAUAUCCUUUUGAUGGAAGAGGUAGAGUACUAGCUCAUGCCUUCUCACCUGGAGAAGGGAUUGGUGGAGAUGCUCAUUUUGAUGAUGAUGAAAAGUGGUCAGAGUUCAAUAAAGAAUCUAAUUUGUUCCUUGUUGCUGCUCAUGAAUUUGGCCAUUCUUUGGGACUUGCUCAUUCAAAUGUCCGUGGAGCUCUGAUGUACCCUACCUACACAUACACGAACCCAGCAACCUUCAGACUUCCAGAGGACGAUAAGCGAAGGAUUCAGAAGUUAUAUGGGAAAAAGUCAUCAAACUCUUGAAGAAGUUUGUUUAAAAAGAACAAAGAAUUCACAACAGAUUAUUUGGUGUUCCAA